AUGAUAACUGGUCAAAGCACCCAGUUAACGACAACAGAUCCUACAACAGACGUUCUAACGACAACUUCAUCAGAUCCGUCAACAAUUGAAUUUAACACCACUAGCGUAACCACACUAGAAACAACGACUGAUAACGCAACUUCUAAUCCAGGUACACCAGUAACCGAUGAUACAGACGCAACAACAACAGCAACAUAUACUCAUACCAGUGCACUAACAACAGGACUAACAUCCACGUCAACUCCAGAUCCAACUGCAACAUUAUCAACAGUAGCAUCUGGCAGAAGUGCACCAACAACACUACUAGAAACAUCUGAUCCAGGUGUGACAACAGGAACACAAGAAACUAUAGGUGCAAGUGCAACAACUUCAGGAACAACCCUCGAUCCGAGUGCAUCAACAGUAGCAUCCGCAGCUCCUGAUCCAAGUGCACCAACAACACCACCAGAAGCAUCUAAUCCAGGUGUGACAACAGGAACACCAGAAACCCCUGAUUCAAGUGCACCAACAGUGGCACAAGAAACCCCUGAUUCAAGUGCACCAACAGUAGCACAAGAAACCCCUGAUCCAAGUGCACCAACGGUGGCACCAGAAACCCCUAAUCCAAGUGCUCCAACAGCAGCACCAGGAUCCCCUGAUCCAAGUGCACCAACAGUGGCACCAGAAACCCCUGAUCCAAGUGCUCCAACAGCAGCACCAGGAUCCCCUGAUCCAAGUGCACCAACAGUGGCACCAGGAUCCCCUGAUCCAAGUGUACCGACAGUGGCACCAGAAACCCCUGAUCCAAGUGUACCGACAGUGGCACCAGAAACCCCUGAUCCAAGUGCACCCACAGUGGCACCGGAAACCCCUGAUCCAAGUGCUCCAACAGCAGCAACAAAAACCCCUAAUCCAAGUGCUCCAACAGCAGCACCAGGAUCCCCUGAUCCAAGUGCACCCACAGUGGCACCAGAAACCCCUGGUCCAAGUGCACCAACAGCAGCACCAGAAACCCCUGAUCCAAGUGCGCCAACAGCAGCACAAGGAACCCCUGAUCCAAGCGCUUCAUCAACCACGGAAAGAGAAGAAGAAGGAACGACACCUCCAGUCACAACAAGUCCCCCAGAGGAAGGUCUUUCGGCUGGUGCUAUCGCAGGAAUUGUCAUCGGGUCAUUAGUAGGAGCUGCUGCCAUCGCAGGUGGUGUUGGAUUUGCUUUGUAUUAUUUCAAAUACAUGAAAGGUGGUGCCACAGUUACUCCGAGCGAUCAUGCUAAUGGCGAAAUGAACAUGACGGGUAUGGAGGAAGGAUCCAUGACGACAGGAGCUGCUAAUGCAGGUGACAAUUCUAAUCUGAUUGACGAGAAUUCCGGGAAGUGA